AUGAUGUUGAACCAAACAGCACCACCUUCACAACAACAAACAAUCUAUAUGUCGAAUUCAAAUCUAUCAGAUAAUCAAAUGAUGAAUACAUCUACAAAUUCAUCGUCAACAAAUCUGACAAUGAAUUCUGUUCAAUCAAAUUUAUUUAAUCAUCAAAUAAGUGCUUAUAAAUAUCUUAUACGUAAUCAAACUGUACCUGAACAACAUCUUAUGGUUAUUAAACGUAGUCAACAACAACAACAACAACAACAAUUUUAUCCUCCAAAUGCUGUUAUUACAAAGCAAUCACCUAAUCCAUCCGUUGAUAAUCGUUAUAAUUCACCAGUUAAUGCUCCAAAACCACCAAUAAAUGGUUCAAAUCCACGUUUUCAAACACCACAAAAUUAUUAUCCAUCUGUUCAAGUUAAUGGAAAUACAAAUAUUAAUUAUCAAACAGGAACUGUUCAAGCUUCAACAAAUAUUAUUAAUCAAACACCAUCAAUAACUGAGAAUGUUUUAACAAAUGUUUCAAGUGUAUCACUUCCUUCAACUAAUACAACAACAACUAUAGCACCAUCAUCAUCAUCAUCAACAACAACAACAACUGCAGCAGUAGCAACAACAACAAAUCGUAUGAAUAAUCUUCGCUUAACACCAAUACAAAAACCAACUGGUCUUGAUAUACAAGAAGUUCUUGUUGAACGUGAUCUUCGUAUUCAACAUAAUAUAGUUAUACGUAUAAAUGAACUUGAAAAACUUCUACCAACUUUAAUACAAGAUGAUCUACGCAUGAGAGCUAUGAUUGAACUUAAAGCACUUAAAUUAUUAAAUUUUCAAAGACAGCUGCGUACUGAAGUCGUAACAUGUAUGCGUUUGGAUUCAAGUCUUGAAACCGGUAAUAAUCCACGUUUAUAUAAACGUUCAAAACAAUUUGGUAUGCGUGAAGCACGUGCAACAGAAAAAUUAGAAAAACAACAAAAAGCUGAAAUUGAUCGUAAACGUCGUCAAAAACAUCAAGAAUAUUUAACAGCUGUAUUAACAGUUGCACGUGAAUUUAAAGAAUUUCAUAAAUCUGUACAAUUAAAAACAAAUAAAUUAGCACGUUCAAUAUUAUCAUGGCAUCAAAAUACAGAACGUGAACAAAAAAAAGAACAAGAAAAACGUGAACGUGAACGUAUGCGUCGUUUAAUGAAUGAAGAUGAAGAUGGUUAUAGAAAAUUAAUUGAUGAAAAAAAAGAUAAACGUUUAGCUUAUUUAUUAUCACAAACAGAUGCAUAUAUAAUAAGUUUAGUUAAUCUUGUUAAAGAACAUCAAAAUGAUUUAAGAAGAAAAAAAAUAGAAAGAAAACAAACUUUUAGUGAUAAUAAUAAUCAUCAAAUAAAAGAUGAUAAUAAAUCAUUACAUAUUAAAGUUAAAAAUUUAAUAACAGGUGAAAUUAAAGAAGGUUUUGAUGCACCAUUAUCAUCAGAAUUAGAUAUAUGGUUAGAAAAAAAUCCUGAUUGGCAACCUUUACCAAGAGAUAUAAGUGAUGAUGAAGAUGAUGAUACAACACGUUUACCUGAAACAACAAAUCCAAUACCAAUACCAACACCUGAUGAACAAGAAAAAGGUGUUGUUGAAGAUGAUAAUGUUGUUAAAGAAGUUUUAACAAAAGCUAAACAAGCGACAGAAGAUGAUGAAUAUCAUACAUCAUCACUUGAUUCAUAUUAUGCUGUUGCACAUCGUGUUAGAGAACGUGUUGUUCAACAAUCAGCAUUACUUGUUGGAGGUAUGCUUAAACCAUAUCAAAUACAAGGUUUAGAAUGGCUUGUUUCAUUAUAUAAUAAUAAUCUUAAUGGAAUUCUUGCCGAUGAAAUGGGUCUCGGAAAGGUAAAGUAUUUUUUUGUUUUUGUCGAAAGAUUUUUGCAAAUAAAAACAAUCUCUCUUCAAACAUUUUCUUCGGAUUUUAAUAAUAUAUUUUGUGUAUAUAUACUAAUGUCCGCGCCAGAAUAA